CAACUGGCAGUUCCCUCUCUCUGGAAUGAAGGAUAAAAGUCAGAAAACAACUGAAGAGCCUUAGGGAAAUGAGAUUGCCUAGAAGUGGGAUGGAAAUGCAGGGGAAGGUGAAGUCAGACUAUCCAGGACAAAGCUGUUAUUCCUGGAUUUUUGAAGAAAAGGGAACGAGAUGAACUAGUUGCCAGGACAACUGACUGUUGGGGCAAGGAAAUGGGAGACCUGUGGUUGCUCCUGCUCCUGCCCCUGUCCCUGGCAGGCUUCCAUGGGGUCAAAGGCUGCUUGGAAUGUGACCCCAAAUUUGCAGAAGAUAUUGGGUUCUUGCUGGCAGAGAUGGUACCCUCAGAAGUCCCGGGCCGAGUUCAUCUGCUUGAACGGCAAAUUAAGGAGAUGAUCCGUUUAAGCAUCAAGGUCUCCCACAGGGACAAGAUGCUUCGGGUAUUGGCUGUUGAUGAUGUUAUCAAGUUGAGAAUAUGGCUGAAGAAUGAACUUUAUAAACUGGGCAAUGAAACAUGGAAAGGUGCCUUUAUCCUUCAAGGCAAGCUUCUCGAUGUCCGCCUAAACCUGGAAUCCAAACUGAAAGAGAUGUUAAAGAACUUCUCUGAAGUUGCUUGUUCUGAAGAUUGCGUCGUGACUGAAGGUCCUAUCCUGGAUUGUUGGACCUGCCUUCGCAUCACCUCCCCAUGCUUCAGAGGAGAGUAUUGUGGAGAAGAGGAUUCAAAGAAGGCUGAGAAUCGAGAGAUUGUACUAUUUCUGAUACUGCUAACAGAAGUUGUGAUAUUGGGAAGUGCUUUGAUACUAUUCCAUAUUUGUGUGUUUCAUCGGAGGAAAAUGAAGGCAAUACGAAGGUCAUUAAAGAAAUAUUUGGAGAAGAAACUUGAAGAAUUAAUGGGGAUGACAGAUGAGAAGGCAAAGGAUGAUUUGGGAAUCAGAUAG